AUGGUAGUGUGCGACGGAAAGACGUUGACAGAAAUUCCGAAGUCGCUCUUCCAAAACAUGCGCAACCUGACGAUCAAAAACGCGUUUCUUGGAGAGCUACCUACGAACGCGUUCAGCGCAUACCCGUUGCUCGAACGGUUGCAGAUCAGCCAUAGCGAGGUGAAGCGCAUUCACGAGUUCGCCUUCGCAGGACUUCCCCGACUGCAGUUCCUAUAUAUUCUGAACAACCCGCUGUCGACUCUCGAACCUUACUCAUUCAGUGCCUUGAACAAUGUCAAGGAGGUCUUGAUCCGCGGGAAUGACAUAACGUCCAUUUCUAAGUUUACUUUCUUCAACAGCAAGAACAUCCGAGGAUUGGACCUCAGGGCAAACCCUGUGACUCGUAUCCACAGCAACGCCUUUUCAGGAUUGAACAACGUUCAAUUCUUACAUGUGCCAGAGGGAGUGCGGGACAUCGAGCCGGAUGCGUUUAACAACUUGACCCGGGUCCAUUUCAUGGACAUUCGACUGUGGAACGCAAACCUAUCUGAAUUUAAAGGCGUCGCUUCGUAUACGUUCCGCGGUCUGCGGUACGCUUCAAGCAUUCGAAUUUACAGCAGCAACUUGGGUGUUAUCCGACAAGGGGCUUUCGAAGAGAUCGAAACCGUGGAGACCCUGCAGAUCCGAAACUCGCAUAUACACCGUAUUCAGAAAGGUGCCUUCGAAGGCAUGCACCACGUCGGCAGCCUGGAUAUGGUCAAGAACGACAUCGACUUCGUAGACAGAUCGGCAUUCUUCGAUCUUCCUAGUGAGAACGUGCAUCAGUUUCAACUGAUGGAAAACAACUUCGACUGUUCCUGCAGCAAUUACUGGUUGUUUGCCAACUACGACACCCUUGAUGCUGGCGUCCUUCAAAGGAACUACUGCUCCAGUCCUCACAACCUGCUAAAGAUGCCUCUGAAGGCAAUCAGUGCCGUGUACGUCAAGAACUGCACCGAUCACAUGUCUGACGGCGAGAACGACGAAGUCAGUGCCAAUGGGGCCCCAUUGACCCUCACGUUUUCUUUCCUCCUCGCAUUAUGUUUGCCUCUUUUCCUUGUCUUAUGUAACUUCGAUUUUGUACAACUAUCGUGA